UUUAGUGGAGUGAAUUCAAACAAACAGGUCAUUUAGGAAAGACCGCUUAGAGUUAAGAAUAUUUUUGUGAUGGGUGUAAUUAAAGUUACGAACGCCUACAAACUUUACGACUCGAGGUCGGAUGUCAAGGUCGUUCUAAAAGAUUUUAACAUGCAUGUGAAGAAGGGAUCAAUAUACGCAUUGAUGGGGUCAUCGGGUUGUGGGAAAACGACUUUGAUAUCAUGCAUUGUUGGAACAAAUACCUUGGAUCGUGGGAAUAUCACAGUUUUUGGAGAUCGUGUUAAAGCAAAUGUUAAUAAAAUCGGUUACAUGCCUCAAGAAAUAUCCCUGAUUAGUGAAUUUACAAUUAACGAAAUGAUUCGCUUCUUUGGGAUCAUGAAUGGAAUGAAAUCUGAAAUAAUUAAAGAACGUACAAAGUUCCUUUGUGAUCUUUUGGAACUUGACGACACUGAAAAAUUGGUAAGAAAUUGUAGUGGCGGUCAACAACGACGAGUUUCAUUUGCUGUUGCGUUAAUUCAUGAACCACAACUUUUAAUCCUCGAUGAACCAACUGUUGGCGUUGAUUCUCUUUUAAGAAGUAAGAUUUGGGGUUUUUUGUUAGAUAUCACGAGAACAAAGAACAUCACAGUUCUUAUGACGACACAUUACAUCGAAGAAGCGAGACUUUCGUCACAUGUGGGGGUCAUGAGAAAAGGAAUUCUACUCGCUGAAGACACGACACAUAAUCUCCUGCAACAAUGUAACACAACAAGUUUAGAAGAAGCUUUCUUAAAGCUUAGUGAACAGCAAGAGAUGGGACGAAGGCAGUUCAUAACAUCGGAAUUCAUUGAACGAGCUGCAAAAAAUGAUCAUGAAAAACACAUAAGAAAUAAGACAGAAGGAAGACGAAAGCUGCAAGCACUACUAAUGAAAAAUGUAAUUCAAUUGAUCAGGAAUCCCGGAGUUUUAUUUUUUGCUCUCAUUCUUCCAUUCGUUGCUAUCAUUUGUCUCCACAAUACAAUCGGAGGUAAACCAACUGGUUUACAAUUAGGAAUCAUAAAUGAUGAGGUAAUGAGACAACACGAUUGUUCAAAUCAAUCCUUUACAGCUGUGGAAGUUGAAGAGUACGAGUGCAGAGUAAAUAAAAUUUCAUGUCGUUUUAUAGAAGAAAUUGAUUUCGUUGUAAAGAAAUUCUACAAGAGUCGACAUGAAGCUGAGAACGACGCCAAACGUGGUGAACUCACAGGCUUCAUUUUCUUCGCAUCAAACUUCACUGAAGCCUUUCCACUGCUCAGAUAUUCAUCAGAUUUCAAUCUUGAUUAUAGUGACGAUGGAAUCAUUCAAGUUUAUCUUGACAACACAAAUUUGCAGUUUGUGACAUUUCUUCAGAGAAAACUUUACGAUGCUUAUCACGAUUUUAUUGGAAGAAUCAUGGAAGUGUGUGGAAAACCAGAGAAAAUGGGACACAUUCCGAUGAUGUUUGAAACAUUUCAUGGAGCUUUAGAUGAUGAAUUUAAGAAUUCAAUUGUUCCAGGUUUUCUUGUUGCAACAUUUUUCGCAAUUUCAUCUUACGUCACUUCAAUGUGUUUGAUUGAUGAUCGACGAAGUGGAGUUUGGCAUCGAUCACUUGUUGCUGGUGCAAAUCCCUUUCAAUUUUUCCUUUCUCAUCUUGUGAUAGGAUCAGCCAUAGCAACACUUCAAGCACUUGAGUUUGUUGUUUAUGCUGUGCUGGUCGGUAAUGAUGUCGACACAUGGAGAUUCAUUUUACUUUUCACAACGCUUAUAAUUCUUCUUGGAUUGGCUGGAAUUCUCUACGGUUUAGUGAUUUCUGUGUCAACAGAUUCAUCACUUGUUGCUUCAUAUUUCUCCGUCAUGAUUGCUUAUCCUUUCAUGUGUUUGAGUGGAGUUUUCUGGCCAGUGGAAGGAGUUCCACAUUAUCUUAAGUUUCUCAGCUACAUGCUUCCAUUUACAUUACCCUCCAAAACAUUCGUCAACAUCAUGUUUACAAAUCUUCCUUUCCAUAAUCCAACGAUCUACUUAGGAUUCGUUGUCAUUGGUGGUUGGAUUUUAGGCGAGCUUGUAAUUUGUUUGUGGUUCACGAAAUGGAAUUCAGCAAACAGAAAAUAAAUUCUCAGAUAAUAAAAUAAUUUC